CGAUGAAGGCGAGUCGGUCGGAGUCGCUCCCGCAGUCGCUCCCGUAGCUGCUCCCGAAGUCGUUCCCGCUGGAGGAAAUGCCGGUACAAAUCAGCCGGCACCAUUCGUGCUGCGCACCAGCAGGAGGCUCAAGAGUCUGCCUCCGUUUUAGAUUGUUGCACCUUCCACCCUCCAAAUGAAAGAAAAAGAAUAAAGAAAAGAAAAGCAAAGAAAAGAAAAACCCUCUACAGAAUGUCUCUUUUGCUCUCAUUGUAAAUUGAAGCGCCUCUUUCGGCGGAACCUACCCCAAGAGCGGAAAGCGGAGAUCAAUUAGAAUUGUGAACCCCAAAGCGAGCGAUUGAUACGAUACACUCACGAGUACUCAUGCCCAAGCCCGAGUACUCUGUCCAGCAUCCACAUCGGGGAAUCAACAUAAAUGGGUGGCUCCGCGGACGGUGUUCCAGCAGUCGCGCUUGGGCGGUCCGAGUGAGCAGUAACGGAUCUUCUGCAGAAAUCAGUGCAUAGAUACAGUAUCUGAAGGAUCAAAGUGUUGAAAAUCAAUUAAAAGAUGGACGAGGCUUCUGGCACGACGACAACCGAUGGCAAGUCCCUGGAUGAGGCGCCGGUGGCCGCAGGACUGGAGCCCACACAGCCGAUCGGCUUCCUGCAGCUCUUCCGCUUCUCCACCUGCGGGGAGAUCGCGUGGCUCUUCUUUGGGUUCCUCAUGUGCUGCGUCAAGGCGUUGACCCUGCCCGCAGUGGUCAUCAUUUACAGCGAGUUCACAGCACCCUCUCCGCUGCCACGAACAUCACCACGCUGUCGUUUCCCUUCACUAUGGCCAACAGCAGCGGCGGCGGGUGCACCAUUCCCACGGGGACCCUGA